AUGUCUGAUAACGAAGAAGAACGUGCUAAAAGUGUGAAGAGUGUCCCACCUGGGAAAAAUAACGAACAUGUUGCAACCGGCGCCGAGACGUUCCGCGUCGGCGUAAAGAUACCUCCAUUUUGGCCGCAAGAGCCGGAAGUAUGGUUCAAGCAAGUCGAGGGCCAAUUCAUAUUAUCGAAUAUAACUUCGGAUACGACGAAAUUUUACUACGUUCUAUCUCAGCUGGAACAACAAUACGCAGCAGAGGUAAAAGACAUAAUUAUAUCCCCUCCCGCAUCAGAUAAAUACGAAAAAUUUAAAAGUGAGCUUAUUAAGCGUCUGUCAGCUUCACGGGAGAAGAAAUUGAAAACCAUGUUGCUCCAUGAGGAUUUAGGCCACAGAAAACCCUCUCAAUUUUUAAGGCACCUGCAACACGUCGCCGGGCCGGACGUCCCUGAGGACUUUAUGAAGUCCAUAUGGACCAGCCGCUUGCCGCAUAAUAUUCAAUCAGCUGUAGCUACCCAGCCCACGUCCACCCUCGAUUCAUUAGCGGAUUUAGCAGACCGUGUAUGGGACAUCGCUCCAAGUACCCCACAGGUAGCAAGCACAACCGGCCAUCCUGAAUCAGUCACCGACCUCAUGGUUAGUAAAAUCGCCGCACUCACAAAACAGAUGCAGGAGCUGACCAACGAAAUGCGGUCACGAUCUCGCCCUAGAUACAGAGAUAGAGGUAAGCCACAGCACCGUGAGCGUAGCGACAGCCAGCGACGUGGUUAUAGUCAGCAGCGUUCGCAAUCUAGCUACCGCAAAUUUCCGGUAUGCUGGUACCACUUCAAGUUCCAACAAGAGGCGACGAGAUGCGUCAAACCUUGCGACUUCUCAUCGGGAAACGAGCAGGGCAAUCGAUAA